AUGUCCCGCCGCGUGCUGCUGCCGUGUGCCCUGCUGGCGCUCGCCGUGCUGGUGCCCUGCUUCGUUGGCGGCGGAACUCGCGGCGGAAACGGCCGGGCGCUGCGGGUGCCGCGAGAAGGGACCGCCGCACCCAAGGCGACCACCGAGACGCCGAAGCCCAAGGAGGAGCCCAAGGAGCCCAAGGAGCCCAAGGCAGAGACACCUAAGUCUGUGGCUUUGGUGCAGGUGACGAAAGAGAACGCCAUUGCCACCGCGGGCGUCCUAGGAGGCCUCACCGGCCUCCUCUUGGGCGGCUUUUGGAUCGGCGCGGCGGGCUUUGUGGCCACCUCCUACCUGGCCAAGAAGGACGACGACGUCUCCGCGGUUCUGAAGGGUGUAUCUUCCGCGUCCUUGGAGGCCUUGAAUUAUGUGGACUCCCUGAACAAGAAGUAUGAAGUCACCGACAAAGUCGGCGGAGCAUUGUCCGGCGCACUGGACUCCACGGAAGGCGAGACCUCGUCCUCGGUGAAGUCCGCCUUGAGCUCGGCGAAAGAAGCCAUUGACAGCUUUGACAAGGAUAUCGGUAUCAAAUCGACCUUGGGAGGUUUGGUGCUCGCUGGUUCGGACUUGGCCAGCCAGCUGGCAACCAAGGUGGUGGAGCUCAACAAGGAAUACAAGGUCACAGACCAGAUCCAGAGCAAAAUCGAUGAAGCCGUGGACAAGUCGAAGAGUGACAAAGCUUCUGCCUUGGAACGUGUGAAUGAUGCUCUGACGCAAGGCAGCCCUGAAGAGGGCCCACUGGUUUGCAGUCUCUUGGCCAAGGAGUUGGAAGGAACUCGCUUCGAGCACUGCUGGAUCUCGCAGGAUGGGAAAGGGCAGUACAGACUGGGCGAGGACGGCAUGAAAGUGGCUGUACAAGUCCUCGAUGGCAAACUCAUCAUCCAUGGCUACUUCGAAGGUUCCUUGGUACAUCCCGUGCGAGUUCCCAUCGUGACCUUCCUUGCGGAACAUGGCAAGACUUCACAGCAGGAGGCCUCUGACGACUGCGAUCUCUUCGGGGCCACAGGUGGGAUGACGACUGAAGCACCAACAAAUGACAGCACUGUAGCAUCACUGGACAUGGUUACCAAAUAA